AUGAAUUAUCCAAGAAAAAUAGAAAUAACAGUACCCUGUUCUUCCUCUAACAUAGGACCAGGAUUUGAUGUGCUUGGAGUUACUUUAAAACUAUAUCUAUCUGUAAAGCUCGAAAUUAAUGAGAAAGAGAGUAAUAAAAAAAUUUAUAAUGAUGAUGUAGUUUUAACAUAUUCUGGAGAAGGUUCCGACACAAUUCCUCUCAAAAUUGAAAAAAACUUAAUUACAAAAACAGCACUUUAUGUUCUUGCAUGUAAUAACAUCUCGGGAUUCACCUCUCCAAUGAAUAUCCACGUUCUUAACCCUAUUCCAUUGGGUCGUGGUUUGGGUUCUUCAGGAGCUGCUGUUGUUGCUGGUGUUUUAUUAGGUGAUAUUGUUGGAAAUUUGGGGUUAACAAAGAAUCGUAUGCUUGAUUAUUGCUUAAUGAUAGAGCAUCACCCUGAUAAUGUUACUGCUGCUCUAAUGGGUGGCUUUAUAGCUUCAUAUUCAAAGGAAUUGGGUCAAACAGAUACCGAAGCAAAAGUCAUUCCUCAUUCCGAAACUUUAGACGAAAAUGGAAAUAGCGUUAUCGGGGAAGUACCGGCACCUGAUGUACCGACAGGAAUAGGAAAUUAUAUUAAAUUAAAUUGGUCUGAAGACAUUAAAGCUAUAACUAUCAUUCCACAAUUUGAAGUAGCAACGGCAACAGCAAGAAGUGUGUUACCAGAUAAAUAUGAUAAAGAAGAUGUGGUUUUCAAUUUGCAACGUUUGGCAGUUUUGACUAUGGCAUUAUCUCAUUCACCUCCAAAUCCUGAUUUAAUAUAUCAUGUAAUGCAAGAUAAAAUACAUCAACCAUAUCGCAAGCAUUUG